AUGAUUUGGGAAGGCUCAAAGAGGAAUCAACUGAUUCUUGGAACCCCAUUCCUUGCUACAGCUGGAGCGGUCCUAAACUACUUUGGGAACCAUCUAUCGUUUGGCCACAUCCGGCAAGAUAUCUUUUUCCCAAGUGUAAAUUUCAGGUCAGUGCCAAGUGCGACCAAGCUACCACCAGAAGAAGCCACUCUCAUGCCUAAGAAAGAAGCCGUGAUGCAUGGAGAAGAAGAGAGAAUAAGAAUCUUUACACCAAAAGAUUCGGAGCUUAAAGGUGACCAAUCCAUUGAAGAGAAGCUUGAGAGAACUAUGAAGCUUUUCCCCAAGGCAUUGGUUUUCAAAGAUGAUGUGAGAGAUGACAUGGCGCGACAACACCACCACAAGAAUCCACUACACCGGAGAAUGGAGAAGCUAAAGGGAUCCUUUGCCCUUCAGCCACUCUUCACCACGAUUAAAGAAAGAGAAGGAGUCAAGCUAAAUGACUUAAAACAAAAGCGCUUUAUGGGAGGCAACCCAUAUGGUUUUUAA